CAAAACACGUGACUGCACUUGCACUUCCGCCACCAUUUCGUGACUCGCAGUGGACGAAGUUGAUACAAAGGUGAUAAAAAUAUGGAUGGACCAGCUGGUAAGAAAAGAAAAACUGUUGCCCACGGACGUCAUCUACCAGAAUGGGAGAGACAAACUGGUGAAUACGCUGGAUGGAUAAAAGCGUCUUUGAAAGGACAACGGUAUUCGUUUUGCGUGCCGUGUGGAAUGAGCAUUGAAGUUUCGGCAUCAGGAUUCUGCGAUCUCAGCAAGCACUUCGAGACAAAAGGUCAUCAAGACGCAGUCAGCAGAAUGAAAAGCUAUGCUGUGACGAAAGCAGAGGUUUUAUUCUGCCAAUUUGUUGCCGAGCACAAUUUGCCUGCAACUAUUGCUGAUCACUUCUCAGAAUUGACCAAAGAAAUGUUCCCUGACUCCGAGAUUGCAUCGGUGCUAUCUGUUCGCAAAGGUGCGGGGUUUUCUGACCAGCAUUUCAAUCUGAACAAGGAAGAGGCUGAUGAGGAUGGAGAUGAGGAUGGAGAUGAUACAGCUUCCUUGAGGUGGAAGGUUCAUGCGGCUAAAAUGCCGGACGAAGCUCUCAGAGUUUGCUUAAAAGAGCUCAAAAGACUGAAAAAGAUGUCCCAGUCCAUGCCUGAAUAUGCGCGAACUCGAAACUACUUGGACUUGAUGAUCGAGCUUCCCUGGAGCAACAACACCAAAGACAGCUUGGAUAUCCAAGCUGCCCGGACAUUGUUGGAUAAUGAUCACUACGCGAUGGAAAAGCUGAAGCGACGUGUGUUGGAGUACCUGGCUGUUAGGCAGCUGAAAGAUUCACUGAAGGACCCGAUCCUGUGCUUCGUGGGACCACCGGGAGUCGGUAAAACAAGUGUGGGGCGCUCUAUCGCCAAGUGUCUGCGCAGAGAGUUCCACUGCAUUGCUCUCGCCGGUGUAUGUGAUCAGUCGGACAUCCGAGGGCACAGACGUACUUAUGUAGGCAGCAUGCCGGGCCGCAUCAUCAAUGGUUUGAAGACGGUGGCCGUUAAUAAUCCAGUUUUCCUUCUGGACGAAGUGGACAAACUGGGGAUGAGCUGGCAAGGAGAUCCUGCAGCUGCACUGCUCGAGGUGCUUGACCCGGAGCAGAACCACAGCUUCACAGACCAUUAUCUCAACGUGACGUUUGACCUCUCUCAAGUGCUCUUCAUCGCUACUGCCAACACCACCGCCACCAUCCCGACCGCCCUGCUGGACAGGAUGGAGGUGGUGUGGGUGCCCGGCUACACACAGGAGGAGAAGUUGGAGAUAAGUAAUCGUCACCUGAUCCCUCACCAACUGGAGCACCACGGACUAUCACCUCAACAACUACGUAUACCACCAAAGACUACCAACGAUAUUAUAAACAGGUAUACGCGUGAGGCGGGAGUACGCUCACUGGAGAGAAAUAUUGGAGCCGUUUGCCGGGCUGUUGCUGUCAAGAUUGCUGAAGUGAAGGCAGCCUCACCAAAGUUAGCGAUGCCGAUCGUGAUUAAAAACCGGGACCUGAAAGACAUCUUGGGAAUACCGUUCUGUGACCGAGAGGUUUCUGAGCGCCUGACCCUACCCGGUGUGGCUCUGGGCCUUGUCUGGACCUAUCUGGGUGGCGAGAUCUUGUUCGUGGAGGCCAGCCGAACGGAGGGCGAGGGUAAGCUGACUCUUACCGGUCAGCUGGGCAACGUCAUGAAAGAAUCGGCACAUCUGGCUAUCAGCUGGCUUAGAGCCAACUCCAAACACUACAAGCUCACUAACAUGACGGGGGGGUCAGACCCUAUGGAAGGGACAGACAUCCAUCUUCACUUUCCCACUGGAGCAGUGACCAAGAAUGGCCCCUCUGCUGGUGUUACGAUAGUUACCUGCCUGGCUUCUUUGUUCAGCGGGCGACUGGUCCGAUCGGAUGUUGCAAUGACAGGCGAAAUCACUCUGAGAGGCUCGGUUCUUCCGGUGGGCUGUAUCAAAGACAAGGUUCUGGCAGCGCACCGGGCGGGAGUCAAGCGUGUCAUCUUGCCCCGACGCAAUGAGAAGGACCUGGACGAGCUUCCUUUAAAGGUGCGGUACGACCUGGACUUUGUCACCGCCGACGACUUGGACCAGGUGCUGAAUGCUGCCUUUGACGGAGGCUUCCCCGGGAAAGAAAAAAAACAAGAGGCAAAACAGCAAAUAAAACAAUAAAAGCGACAAAAUCUAAGGCAUUAAAACCUUUAAGGAAUAAAACCAGGCUACCCUCGUCUGGGUAAGAGUGGGUCUUUAACCGUGAUUUAAAACGGCUUAGAUUCUUACUGGUGCGGAUUUCAGGGGGAUAAGAUCAGUCUGUUCCCACUUCGUUUUUUAUUUAGUAAAUAGUAAGCAGUUUGAAAUGGUGAAAAUGAACACUUUUAAACUGCCGAGUUAUCUAAUGGUAUAAUUAAAUAUCACCAGUGCUGGCUUGCAGAUAUUUGAAAAAUAGUUCGGGAAGAUGAUAUAAGCACAGUCCUCAACUAGACUUUUUGUCUAGUUAGUAGAUAGCUAAUGCUGUAUUCUGUCAUUUAGAUUUACAUUUAUUUAUAGAACAUGGAUUGGCAACAAAACAUGAUAUCGUGUUGAUUUUGAUGUUUGUGCGCAACAGCUAUAUGAUAACAACAUAAGGUUAUAACACGAAUUUGAAUGGUGCAAUGCUUAGUAACAAUCACAGGUGCUGCAUAUUGAAAUUUCAGAAAGAUACCGUAAGUCACAUACAAAACAAUUAUCCUCUUAACUCACUUGUAAGUAAAGGUUAUAAAUACACUUGAUUUUAUUUCUACAUGGACAGUAGGCUAUGUGUUGUUGUGAUUGACUGUUGAUUUGUCCUUUGGUGUUCCCCUAAUCACGACAGCAGUCCAUUGUCCCUGAAUACGUUACGUAAAAGUAGUUAACCGCAUAGGCAGAGAUUGGGGUGGCGGGGGCAAUGCCUCCCCAGUGUCCGAAAAAUGUCAUUGCAUGUAAUUGACUGUCCUAUAAAGUAAUUUUAAAGGGGAAGUUCAAAAUUGUUGACAUCAUGCUUAAUAUUCAAGUCAGCGGGGGUUUAAUUAGUCGGUGGAGUUCAUUUCAACAAAUUCUGUGCGUUUUGUUCAAGGCUCCAGAAAAGCUACGCUAGAGCGAGUCAGUAGUGCCUGCUUAGCAUACCAAUAAAAAAAAAACAUCUGCACGAGAGAAUCACCGAUGACCCAUGCCAUAAUAGUGUUGGCUUGGUUUUCAGGUUCUGAUUUCAAGUUUUUAAGACUUAGCAUUGUGCGUCAAUAAUUCUGGUAUGAACAGCAACAUUUGUAAUCCAGCGGCUCUGCAGGGAACAGGCUGUCUAGGCUAGCAGGGCGGAGUUAUAUAUACCCGCUAACUCGAAGAUUAAGCGUAAAGUAAAAGACCUAACCAUUAAAAUGUUGUCUAUAAAGGUUGUAAAGCAACAAAAUGAACAACAAAAAUGAAUGAAAUGAACAAGAAUCCUACAAAGUAUUUCAUAAUGGGUCAAAAUAAUUUUUCGAACAGAUCAUGUGACUACCAUCUUAGGCUAGGUUCAUACUACAUGUCUUAAUGCACAAAUCCGAUUUUUUGUCAUAUCUUUUUUUGGCGUGCCCGUUCAGAUUGCCUUUGUCCAUUGAGACCAUUCAAUUAUUACGCAUGCGCACUAAUUCGCAGUCCGACACGCGCUGAGCAAGACGACCCGCAUGCGCAGAAGCAUCAAAACAAAUGACCACACAUGCUGGCUGUCAUCCGUUGUUCUGCCAAUAUCUGCUACAUCGGCAAAACGUGCUACAUUAGUCGAAUUUGACACCUAAAGUACUACCGUGCGCUCUAAACUUGUUUUGUUUCGAUGCAUACAGGCAGAAUGUACUAAAAAAAUGCCUUAAGAAAAUACUUAAAUGUAAUUAUAUCAAAUAAGGACGGUUUAAAUACGUACGUGACUAGUGUGGUCUACUGCUUCAAAGCUAAUACAAAAAAAGCAAUGGUUAAAAGUAUUAGAGGGUAAUACAAUCAAAAAGUAUCUUUGAAGCAAUGAAAAGGUUGCAAAAAAAACGAAAUGAAAACAAAAAUAGCUUCUAACCGAUGUGCGCAUCCGUGCGGAUGGUUGCGCAAGCGCGCUGAACAUUGUGUAGAUUUUUCGCCGCGGAGUAAGGAAUGGCCGAACACUGUCAUUCCAGGGAUAUCAUAUUUUGCUUUUUAAAAAGAGGACACAAAUAACAGACAUAAAUAAUCCCAGUUUAGGUUUAUAUUCAAAGUAUAUGGAUCGAUAGCAUGCACGCACUGUCCGUGCAUGUCACACACACAUACGGGCAGUUUGCCCCGACUCUCGGCCGUGUAAGCAAUGUUGAAAUAUUGCUUAUAUGGAGCAGACAGAAAACCAAUCAUUCUCAGGCUUAUCCUCAACCCAUUUUUAUUUUUCUUAUGACUGUUGUCAAGUCCGACCCUUCCUAAAAAGCCAUGCUCAAGGCAAGCUAGGCGCUAAUAACGCACAGCUGCACCGCUACCGUGGCGUCUCUCUCGCUUUUUGAUGACGUAAUUGCAGCAUGAAUUCCGAUUUGAGAGAGUGGACAGUACAGAUCGCCGCGACAGUCUGGAAAAAUGUGGCCCAGAUCGGAUUUGAACCACAUACGAAAGUGACCCAGAUCGGAUUUGAAAUAGUCCAGUUCUAUGCGACUUGUCAUGUUCAGACCGUAAAGUUAAUGCCUCACUCGAGUCGGAAAAACACGAAAAAAUCGGAUUCGUGCAUUAAGACCUGUAGUGUGAACGUAGCCUUAGAGACGGUCAGUUGUUUUGCUUUUGCUUAGCCAAAACAAUACCUGUGGAGGCAAGAUGGAUAUUUAGAACUUCUUUAGACUUCGAGCUUUCAAAGGCUUCAACAACAACUGAGCUUGAACGGAGGAUUGCACACGAACAGUGUCGAAAUGUGUGUGUAUAUGUACAAUCGUGAAAAAAUUAGGACACCCCAUUAAAUAUUCCGUUUUUUUUUUCUUAAUAAAUAUUCACAUAUAAAUGUCUGAUCUUGUUUUUCUUUAUCUCUGGAAAAGAAAGUGAUUUAAUUGUAGAUAAACAACAAAAAUUAACAUUGUUUUACUCAAUAAACCAAAUUUAUCAAGGUAAAUGCAUAUUCUGAGGAAAAAGUUAGGUUUUAAAUUAUCACCUAAUAGCUAUUGUUACCCCCUUUUACUGAAAUAACUUCAGUGAGACGCUUUUUGUAGCCGUCUACCGUCUUUGACAUCGCUCUGAAGAAAGUUUGCCCCACUCCUCAACGAAGAAUACUUUCAACACUUACUGUCUGUUGGAGUGAAAACAUCAUGGUGAGAUCAAAGGAGCUGUGUGAAGCCUUCAGAAAGAAGAUUGUAGACGCGUAUAAGUCUGGUAAGGGAUUGUAAAAGAUCUUAAAAAGAAUAUUUGACCAGCCUUUCCACUGUCCGAACAAUAGGCUACAAGUGGAGGACAUUCAAAACAACUGCCAACAUUCCCAGGUAUGGCCGUCCAAGCAACUUCACCCCGAGAGCAGACCGCGGAUGCUAAAAGAAGUCUCCAAAAAUUUCAUCGCUGGACCCACAGCAGGCUCUUGCUAUUGUUGAUGUGAAAGUGCAUGCCUCUACCAUUAGAAACCGAUUUCACAAGUUUAACCUUAGUGGAAGGUGUGCAAGGAGGAAACCUUUGCUCUCCACGAAGAACAUGAAGACCAGACUUAAGUUUGCCAGAGCAAAUGUAGACAAAGACCAGGACUUCUGGAAUAAUGUUCAUUGGACAGAUUAAUCUAAAACUAUUUGGACAUCAGAACAGAGAACAUGUUUGGCGUAAACCCAAAACAGCAUUCCAGGAAAACAACCUCAUACAAACUGUGAAGCAUGGAGGUGGAAGUGUCAUGGUUUGGAGAUGCUUUGAUGCAGCAGGACCUGGCCAGCUCACCAUCAUAGAAUCCACCAUGAAUUCUAUCGUGUCUCAGGGGGUGCUUAAGGAACAUGUGAGAUCAUCUGUGAAAAAAUUAAAGCUGAGGCGAAACUGGACCCUGAAACAUGACAAUGACCCAAAACAUACCAGUAAAUCCACCAAGGACUGGCUGAAAAGAAAUGGAGAGUCCUGGAAUGGCCAAGUCAAAGCCCAGGUCUUAAUUCCAUUGAGAUGCUGUGGGGUGACUUGAAACGGGAUGUACAUGCAAGAAACCCUUCAAAAUCUCACAGCUGAAAGUAGGGAUGUCCUGAUCCAGGUUUUUGCACUUCCGAUCCGAUACCGAUACUGGCCGAUACCGAUACCGGCCUAUCUGAGCAUGUAUUAAAGUUUAAAGUUAUUUAGCCUCCUUACUUAGUUGUCAGACUCAUGUUGAAAAGGGUUUUAGUACUCUUGAGAACAACUAGCCAGCUGAAUUAGGUGAGUUUGAAUAACACACAAUGGUUGGUAACAAGAAACUGACCUGUUUAUUCAUUGACAAACACAAAACAUUCUAAAUAACAAACAGAAAUGGCAUAGUCAGUCAGUAAAACGUGCAAAUAAUAUUGUAAACUGUCGGUGGAAAAUCCCACAAACUUCCCAAGCUAUUAGAUGCUUUUAAUGUUUCGUGCAUUAGUUACAAAAAUUGUAUAAAAAGCCUCUCAGGUUUAAAUAAACGACUAUUUCAGUAUCAAGUUAACAUUUUAAAACAGUAAAUAAAAUACUCAAGUCCCCAUUCUGUAUCAGCAGCUUUAAACUACAUUCAAUUAAUUUAAUUUUGCGACUCAACUGUUAAAGUUGUUAAAAUUGCUCCCGUUAUUCCAUCAUUUCACUUUUGUCUACUUUUGACAUGUCAAAGUUUUUAAACUGUUUUGAAGAUAGAUUCCAGUCAAGAUUUUGCCGAUUUAGGAGUAUUUUAGAUAAAAAGUUAAUUAGGUUCGCUUGGAAAGUUAACUACAACAGCCUACAAGGGAAGUCUUCUUUAAGAUGGCGGCUGUUUACUAACGCACGUAGUUUUCAAUGCAGGUGUUGCUAACGGCGUCGAGUCUGUCAUAAUGCAUCUAGUUCUAUAUACAUAUGAUAUCUAUUAGACAAGCAUUCUGUUUAUGCUGCAUUCCAGAGAAGUGGGAAGUCGGAUUUAUCCCACUCGGAUGGUACCAGUUCCGACCUCAAAGCGUUCCAAGCAAAUGUAAACAACAAGAUUGCUGAUCACGACGAGGUGUUUUUUUAUUUUGGCCAUCCAAAGACAUUUUGACCUCCAGCGAACCUGCCUUCCUAUAAGUGAUCAAAUAGUAGAGGAAAAACGACUGCGUAAUAGCCCACACUGUAAACUGUCUUUUUUUAGUUACAUCCUUUGCUGAUCGUCAAUAUAGUGUUGGAUGGUGCGUCUUUACUUACGAGAGAUAAUGGCUCGUCAUCCAGAAUGAAUUCUUCAGCAAUGACUCUUGUUAUUCCCUGGGCUUUGGAACUGUCGAGUGCCAGUUUGUUACGCAUAGCAAAAGUUUCUGCCAGUGUUAGUUGCGUGGGACCUUUUGUCUUCGGUUUUCUUACCAUACUUCUUACAUUGUUUGUCGCUAAAUGCUUGAUUAGGUUGUUUGUAUUAAAACUUCUUACAGCUUUACCACCACGCUUGACUUUAUUGUGGCAUAUGUUGCACUUUGCCUCUUCGUCUUUGUCGUCCUUUAAGGUGAAAUGAUCCCACACAGCUGACGUUUUUACCGAUAAAGUCUCUCGGUGAACUGGGAGACGGUAAUGUAGUGUGUUGAAGGAGUGCCGUAAAAUGUGGACCGGAUUUUAGGGAAACCGAUACAAAAACUGAAAUGGAUUAUGUAUAUCGGUGCCCUGGAAAACACGGAUCGGAUUUUAAAAAAAAACUGGAUCGGAAGUCUGGAUCGGAAUUUUUCCGUGUCGGCCGAUCCGAUACCGAUGCGCAUUUUUUUGCCCAUAUCGGCGUCCGAUCCGAUCCAAAUAUCGGAUCGGGACAUCUCUAGCUGAAAGUAUUCUGCGUUGAGGAGUACAGCAAACUUUCUUCAGACCAAUGUCAAAGACUGGUAGAUAGCUACAAAAAGCGUCUCACUUAGGUUAUUUCAGCCACCUUUUAAGGUGGUUGGGUAUCCUAACGUUUUCCUUAGUUAUAAUAUGCAUUUUAAGUAUCCUUGAGCAAGAUACUGAACCCCAUGUUGCUCCUGGUGCUGCGUCACCAGUAGGUGAAUAGUGAAAUAGUGUAAAGCACUUUGAGCGCCUUGAAAGGUGGAAAAGCGCUAUAUAAGUAUAACACCAUUUACCAUUUUGUUGAUAUAUUUGUUGAAUGAGUAAAACAAUGUUAAUUUUUGUUGUUUACCUACAAUUAAAUCACUUUUCCAGUGAUAAACAAGAUCAGACACUGAUAUGUGAACAUUUCUUAAUAAAGAACUGAAUAUUUAAUAGGGUGUCCUAUUUUUCACAUGACUGUAUACACACACACGCACAUUUUAUAUAUAUAUAUAUAUAUAUAUAUAUAUAUAUAUAUAUAUAUAUAUAUAUAUAUAUAUAUAUAUAUACAUACAUAUAUGUAUAUUGUAAGUUAAUUUUAUUGCUGACACUGCAUCGUCGUUUCCCACCCCCUGCCCCCCCCAAAAUCAAACUCUGCCUAUGGCUUACCGUGUAAUUGUCUGUGACCGUUUUCCAUUAGACACAUUAAAAAGGCCUUUUGAGUUUCCACCAUAUGCUUGUGCUUACCAUUUGUUAAUGUAUAGGAUUGGGCUAAAAGCAUGCCACUUGUUUCUUGGGAGAUGGUUUGGGGUGUGAAGUUGAACCAUGUGAGAAAAUAUACAAAUCGGAAAUUCUGAAGUCUGCACUCAUUCUUUUUUCACCUGUGAUACCACAACGGUCGGAAUCUCCACAGUGUCGGAUGGCUCUUUUGACUGUAAAUCGGCUUUAGGCAAAGUAGGGCCAGAUGCCGCAAAUCACUUGCUACAUUCUUCUAUCCAGUCCACAUAGCAUUUACACUGUGAGGAAUGAAAAAAGUUCAUUUCCUCACUCAACUUAAGCAUUUAUAAUUUC